AUGCCUGAAGUUGAAGGUUUAGAGGACUGCGUGGAGGAGCGCGUUAUUAAUGAGGAGUACAAAAUUUGGAAGAAAAAUACCCCCUUUCUUUACGACUUGGUGAUGACACAUGCCCUGGAAUGGCCCAGUUUAACUGCUCAAUGGCUUCCUGAAAUUACUCGUCCUGAGGGCAAGGACUACUCUAUUCAUCGUCUCAUUUUGGGUACCCACACGUCGGACGAACAGAACCAUCUUCUCAUCGCCAGUGUUCAGUUGCCCAAUGAUAACACCCAAUUCGAUCCUAGCAACUACGAUCCGGAACGUGGGGAAUUUGGUGGAUUCGGUGCUGUGACGGGCAAGAUUGAGAUUAAUAUCAAGAUCAAUCACGAGGGUGAGGUAAACAGAGCGCGUUACAUGCCGCAGAAUCCCUGCGUCAUCGCCACAAAAACGCCAAGCGCGGAUGUGUUAGUCUUCGAUUACACCAAGCACCCAAGCAAGCCUGAUCCCUCGGGUGUUUGUGAGCCCGAGUUAAGGCUGAGGGGACACCAGAAGGAGGGUUAUGGAUUGUCUUGGAAUCCCAAUCUGAACGGCUACCUCUUAUCAGCCUCUGAUGAUUAUACGGUGUGCAUGUGGGACAUUAACGCGACGCCCAAGGAGGGUCGCAUAAUCGAUGCACAUACCAUGUUCACGGGCCACACAAGUGUGGUGGAGGACGUGGCUUGGCACCCCCUUCACGAGUCUGUCUUCGGCUCAGUGGCAGAUGACAAACGCCUCAUGAUUUGGGAUACGCGUAGCUGUGGCAGCACCUCUGCUGGCGCGGGAACCACCGCUACGGCGAGCAAGCCAAGUCACUGUGUGGAGGCGCAUGCUGCUGAAGUGAACUGCCUCUCGUUCAAUCCCUUCUCCGAGUUCAUCCUCGCUACUGGCAGCGCGGAUCGCACCGUUGCUCUGUGGGACCUCCGGUCGCUGCACAUGAAGCUGCAUUCAUUCGAGUCGCACAAAGAUGAGAUCUUUCAGGUACAAUGGUCACCGCACCACGAGACCAUUCUAGCCUCCUCCGGCACUGACCGUCGGCUGCACGUAUGGGACCUCAGCAAGAUUGGAGAGGAGCAGACACCAGAGGAAGCCGAAGAUGGACCCCCCGAACUUCUUUUUAUCCACGGCGGACACACUGCCAAGAUUUCCGACUUCUCAUGGAAUCCUUGCGUACCUUGGGUCGUCUGCUCCGUCAGCGAGGACAACAUCCUACAAGUCUGGCAAAUGGCGGAGAAUAUUUAUAACGAGGAUGAGCCGCCGCUGGCGAUCGAACCAGAGUAG